AGGAAGGAAGGAAGAAUCAAGGAAUUGGGAGAUAACAGGAAAAAAACAAAAACUGAAGGACAAGGAAGGAAAGGGAAGAAAGGAAGGAAAUAAGGAAAGUAAGAAGAGAGAAAACAAGGAAAGGAAAGAAGGAAAAGAAUAAAGGAAAGAAAGAAAAGGAAAGGAUAAAAAGAAAACUGAGAAAGAAGGAGAAAAAGAAUAAAAACGGAAAAAAAGAAACGAAAAAAAGGGAAACUAUUGAAUUUACUUAAGACUUUAAAGGAAGGAAAAAAAAAUAAGGGAAAAAGUGCUUAUUCAAAUGUGCUUCUGUAAAAAGGAAAAAAAAAAGAAAGAUCACUAUUCUUGAAGGGAAAACUGAGUGGUGAAUAUACUUCGUUUCCUUCAGAGUGAGUCUAUAGGGAGAAAAAAAAAAAGAGGGAAAAAAACCUCCAUCACGUGACCUAUACAGAAAAAAUAUUGGUUGUUAUGAAUACAUCUUGAAGGGGAGAAAAAGGAAAGAAGGAAAGUUAGAGGAGGAAAGGGGAAAAAAACCUAAUCUACUUAACAUCAAAGCAGAGAGAAAGAAGGAAAUAAAAAAAGAAUAAAAAAAUAAGUAGAAAGAUAUAAGAAAUAGGAGAAAUCACAGUAAAAGAAAAAAAAACAAGAGAAAGAACAAAAGUAACCUAAUAAAGAAUAACGAAAAAAAACCUGAGGAAAAGGAAGAAAAAGGAAAAAAAAUAAGCCAAUACGAUAAAGAACAAAAAAGAAAGAAAAAAGAAAGGAAAAAAAAAGUACUUACUACAUAUAAACAUAGAGAAGUAGGCGUAUUGCUGCUGGGAGAUUGAGGAAGGGUGAGAGGAGCAGGAGCAGGGGACUUGGAGGGGUGGUGAGACUGAAGGAGGAAGCAGUGGUCUUUGGCGGCGCUGUUUGGCCUUGUAUGGUCUGCUGUGGCCGAGGAACAACAACAACAACAACAACAACAACAACAUUACCACUAGAACUAUCAAUCUAAACAACAACAACGCCACCACUACCACUAUCACCAGUAGUACUAUAAACAUUACCAUCACCAUCACUAGAAUUACCAAGAUCAAGAGCAACAACAACAACAACAACAACAGUUAUAACGUCUCACUCACUCCACCGACUCAUCAUUCACUGUAGUAACUAAAUCAACCAAAAAAUUAAUAAAUAAAAACUUUCCCUCUGAAAAAAAGGGAAAAAACCAAACCUUUCCCACAGAAAACACACACCAUAAACAAAACUUUUCCCCUCUCUCUCAAAAACACGAAAAAAAAGACACGAAAAAAAAAUUCAAAUAAACAAAAAAAACAAAACAUAAACUUGAACAACAGAACCACUUCGAGUUAACGUCACGGAAUCUGGCACUCUGGAUCAGCGACACCCUCCUCUGUAACACCCUCGCCCGUAACACCCUCGUCUGUAACACCCCCAUCUGACACCCUCAUCUGUGGCACCCUCCCUUUACCACCGAGACACUCCAACACUCCAGCGCAGCCAGCGGGGACUAAAGGCCUUCUCAGCACUGCCAGGAGGACUCGGUAAACAGUGCGGUUCUUUCAAGUUAUUUUCCAACGACCAGACUUUUUUCCACGUCCCCAAACUCUUAAUCCCAAGCCUCGAGGACUUUGUAAACACGGAGACCCGAGUGACGUUUUAGUUUCAGGUCUUGCGGUGCUGCGGAAACGGGGCUUGUGGGUGCUGGAGUGCGUGAUGUGAGGCUUGAAAGACAGUUACUCGAGGGAACAGGGAAAUUAUAUUAGACGAGAGUGGAGUGCUGGGGAGGUUAAUGUUGGGAGGUAAUCUGAGUUGUGAGGUGCGCUAAGGAGGAGGCAACUGAGACUUUUAGAAGAGAUAAACUGUGCAUUGAACUGACAGCUGAGGAAAUUAAGAGUAAAUACAUGCGAGAGGUUAAUGAACAGUGAGGUGUGCUUAGGAGGAAGGAAAUGAGAGACUUUAAGGAGAGAUAAACUGAGAAUUAAACUGACAGCUAAAGCAACUUAAGAAGAAAAAAUAUAUAUAUCUAUAAAAACUUAGAGAUAAUUUAAGAACCACUCUAACAACAAAAAAAAAAAAAAAAAACUAAGGAACUAAGAGAUUAACUAAGAACUAAGCAUUGAAACUAUGAGAAAAAAACUAAGAAGGAAUUGAAAACUAAAAUACAAGUGAUAAAACUGACUAAACAAGAAACUAAAACGCAAAACAUUCAUUCAAGACCCAAGGAAGAAGAAGAAAAAAACAAAAAAGCAUGAAAGAAAAAAUACUUUAAUUCUUUCGGCUCCCCCAGAACAAAACAAAAAUCUUUAAACAGACAACCAAGAAGAGACGAAGAAAAAGAAAACAAGCAGAGACAGAAAACGAGACAACAGUAAAAAAGAAAACGAGGCGCUAAUAGAGACAGACAAACUUAGAAAGACAAACAAAAAUAAAUCACUGAAACACAGAAAAAGAAAAAAAAAAAAAAUCAAGAAAAACAAAACAAAUAAAAGGACAGAAAAAAGAAGAGAGAGAAAAAAAGACAACAAACAAAUAAAUCACUGAAGGAGAAAAUAAAUUACUAACGAACCAAAAACUAAACACAUUAAACUUGAAAUGCAAAGAAAACUCAAUAGAGGAAGCAACGGUACCAUGUCCACGCGUCUAGGCAAAACGGGGCGUGUACACAACCUGCCGGGGCGUCUGUGGUUACGAGGCAGCUUGAGUGUCCGUCAGAGCGUCAGUGGAAGUUUUCGUGGUAGUGUCCGUCGUACUUAGGGGCAGCGCGGAGUGUCCAAGGGUGUUCCAAGACUACUAGGGCGAGAUGUCCACCGCAAGGAGCAGGACCACCAAGAACAGCAGGUGGAAGAACGUGGUGGCAAGGCUGAGGCGCGGCUUAAAUGGGAAGGGUGCGGAUGAGUCAAGAUUUAGAAGGCAAGAUUUGUACAACGAACCUCAGCCGACGAUAGAGGAGAUAAGAGCGUGGAGCGAAUCAUUUGAGAAGCUAAUGACCUGUGCAAGCGGGCGGAAGGCGUUUCGAGACUUUCUUAAGCUGGAAUUCUCUGAGGAAAACAUUCUGUUCUGGCUGGCGUGCGAGGACCUCAAGGUGGAGAACACGCCGGCGGUCAUCGAGGAGAAGGCGCGGAUCAUUUACGAGGACUACAUCUCCAUCCUGUCGCCGAAGGAGGUCUCGCUGGAUUCGAGAGUUCGUGAGAUCAUCAACCGCAACAUGGUGGACCCAACCCCGCACACCUUCGAUGAGGCGCAGACCCAGAUCUACACGCUCAUGCACCGGGACUCCUAUCCGCGCUUCCUCAACUCCGGCAUUUACAAGCGACUCGCACAACUCAAUAAUAACGGCAACAGCGGCACCAGUCGUAAGGAGAGCGCGACAUAGGCCCCCUGUGUGCCCGUGUGUCCUCUAGUCCCCGUCUCCGAGGUGGGCGGAGGAACGCGUGCCAUGGUUCAAGAAAUGGUGGCAGCGGUUGGAUUGACCAGGGCGCGCGAGUUAGUCUAGUCUCCAUCACCCUUCCAGGUGAUGAUACGAGGACUGCUGCUACUGGUACUGCUGCUGCUGCACGUGCUCUCUGCCCAGGGUCGUGUGUUCUGACGCCCCAAACAGUGGUAGCAGCAGGAGUCACAGUGUAGGGAGAGUGUGCAGUACAACCUCUCCCCUGUUUGAAGACGUGCUCUCUGAAAUCCUACAAUGGUGGCAGCAGCAGGAUUCGCGCGCGGGGAGCAAGUGCGGCUGUCUCCUAGGGGAACGUGUGCUGCAUUAACUCUCACCCUCUUACAAAUGGUGGCAGCGGCGGGAUACCAAAGGAGGGUGAAAUGUACUCCUCUCUCACGCUCCUCUCCUCCUCUCACAUGUGCUCCUCCUUGCGAUCUCACGAACCUUUACUCUAUCUAGUGUCUCUCUCUCUCUCUCUCUCUCUCUCUCUCUCUCUCUCUCUCUCUCUCUCUCUCUCUCUCUCUCUCUCUCUCUCUCUCUCUUGCUCUCUGUUCUUCUGCACUCUCACUAUUUCGUCGAUACAUGGGACCACUUGGUGAAGACUGAAGCUGGAGGCAGUGGGACGCAAUGACUGGGUGAUGGAGAGGUGGUCACAAUGGAAGUUAUUUAUAUACAUGCAUACAGUCCUCUAUAUAUACAUACCACUGAUCCAUAUUCAAGUGUGUGUGAGAGAGAGAGAGAGAGAGAGAGAGAGAGAGAGAGAGAGAGAGAGAGAGAGAGAGAGAGAGAGAGAGAGAGAAGUGGAUAACUCUCUUGUUUCCUGUCUUCUCUUUCACCUCCAUCUCCCAUUCCUUUGCAUCUACCUCCACCUUGCUCUUUAAACCACCUCUUUCUCCCACCUCCUCCUCCUCCUCCUCCUUCUCUUCCUUCUCCUCCUGCUGCUGCUACAGAGACGGAUAGACAGACAGAGGGAUAAACUCAGUGUGACAAAGACAAAUAGAAAAGCUCAAGAUGGUGAAGUGCGAGGAAGGCAAACAAAGGAAGCACGUGGAUUUGUGUGAGUGUAAACAUAUGUACGUGGUUUCAACUGGACCAAAGAAAACCCCUAUAGAAUAAAACAUUACUCUAGUGUAGGCGUUCACGUGUCUCUUGCUGGUUUUUAUAAUUAUUUGUUUUAACACUUUCCUCCAUAAUCUUGACUGCGGAUCUAAAAGGUGCAUGAAAGAGAGAUGAAACAAAUGUAAAACUGAAAACCUGGUAACUUGUGAAUCUUAAACGUGAAUGUGACAAAAGAUAAGGAAAAAAGUUACGCUGGAAUCGGGAAAGAAAAAAGUAUCUUGUGAAUCUUAAACGUGGAAGCAAACAUUGGAAUCUGGAAAAGAAACGAAAGUGUGAAUCUUGAAAAUGAAAGUGAAGAAAACACCUGUAAUUUUAAACAAGAAAGAGCAAUUCUAUUUAGCGAUGAUAAUGAUAAUAAAAAUCCCUCAGUAAAUGGAAACCUAUGAAAUAUAACAAGAUUUAAUCCCUCGCUCAAAAAAAAAAAAAGAAAGAAAAAGAAAAGAAAAAAAUAUAUAAAACAGAUUAGUCUGCUCAAAAGUAAUGAAAUAAAGUCACACGUGCAUACCAAACUAAUCGAUACCACACGGAAGAAAGAGAAUAAAAAAACAUGCAGUGCCAGAUAUAAAAAAAAAGUGCCAAGUGCCAGAAAUUAGAAUGUGUAAUUACCAUGAACAUGUGCAAUGAUCAUGAAUAUAAAAUGUGCAAUUAUCAUAAAUAUAAAAAAAAGAAGAAGAAAUAAAUAGAAAAAAAUGUGCAAUACUAAAAAUUAUGAAUUGCUCAGUUGUCAUGUGUAUAUAAAGUGCAGUGAUCAGAUAUAUAAAGUGGGUAAAGAGAUCAGAAAAAGUAAAAGUACACAAUAAUAUAAAUACAAAAAGUGCGCUGAAUCAGAAACAAGUGACGAUCGAGUUCAUUAAGAAAGUAUAGAAGAAAAAAAAAGACGAAACAAAAAAAAAUAAUAAUAGUUGUUCAUUCAAAAAUAAAUAAAUCAAGAUAAAAACAAAGAAAAAAAAGAUAAAUAUUUACCACCACCACCACCACCAUCAAGGAACACAAAUGAAGAACAAACACCAGCAGACCUGUUUGUCCAAUCACGACCACCACCGCCACCACCACGAUCGAGAGAUAAACAAGAAAACAAAACAAAAACAAGUAAAACAAUCCUCAGCAGCUCAAAAACAAGUAGAAAAUAAAGGAAAAAAAUAAGUUGAAGCACAAAAUAAUAAUAAUAAUAAUAAUAAUAAUAAUAAUAAUAAUAAUAAUAAUAAUAAUAAUGCACAAAUAUUUCUAAUGGCAGUGAGAUACACGUAAACAAACAAACAAACAAACAACAAUAAACAAACGCAGUAUUUAUCUAAUAAUUCCACACCCCCUAAGAGAGAGAGAGAGAGAGAGAGAGAGAGAGAGAGAGAGAGAGAGAGAGAGAAUGAAUGAAUGAAUGAAACGGAGAAAAAAGUUACGAAUCAGAGAGAGAGAGAGAGUAUAUAGAAACGGGGGUGUAAUUUUUUCUUAAGUGUUUCGAUCCUUAAAUCCUUGUGUUAUAAGGGUGAUUAUCGUACGCGACCAGGCAAAGGCGCGUACGAUAAUAAGACUAAGUGUACGACGGAGUUAUAUCGUUACGGACGGCUCGCUACGUGACAUUUGACAACAUUCCAAGUAUUAAUAGUAACUGACAGUGAGCGAAAGAUGGAGAGAAAGAGAAAGAACGAUCGGACAAAGAGAGUGAGUGAAUGAGAGAAAAAAAAAUGAAAAAAAAAAUACUACUCUUUUAACUUAAGAUAGAUGGAUAGAUGGAGCGAGCGAGUGAGGGAGUGAAUGAGAGUGAAAGAGAAAGAAAGAGAGAGAGAGAAAAAGAGCUAUUUCACUUUUAACGUAAGGUGUAAUCUUUUGUACUGAACAGUUAAGAAGUAAUAGAAAGAGUAACAGUUGAUGAUGAUGAUGAUGAUGUUGAUGAUAUUAAUGGAUAUACAUAGUUAUAGCAUACGUACUCCACACAUGUAUAUGCAAUGACCUAACCUGUGCUCUAUACAUGUUCCGGUAUCAGCGCGUAUUAAGAUUCAUAACGUAACUAAAAAGUAUACAUAUAUAACAAUACAUAUACAAAAAAAUCACUUAAGACUAAUGUAUAACUAUAGGGAUUCUAAUUGCGUGUAUGAGAGAGAGAGAGAGAGAGAGAGAGAGAGAGAGAGAGAGAGAGAGAGAGAGAGAGAGAGAGAGAGAGAGAGAGAGAGAGAGACUGCACAAAAAAAAAAUACAAUACAAUUUUUUUUAAACAAUAACACAAGAAUAUUUUCCACCUUUUUCAUUAUUUUUGUUUACAUUUUUUGUCACGUCCAUUAAUUAUUUAUUCGUCUUGUUUAUCUUCUGUUUAUUACGUCUCCGUGAACGAAUGGUGACUGAAAAUGAAUAAAUAAAGAAAUAAAUAGAUAAAUUCUUGUUAAUAUUUCUGUAUUGCACAAUAUAAACCGCACCAGGAGGGAGGCAGGUAUGACACGCACACACACACGCACACACACACGCACAAACUGUCAGGGGCGGGGCGAGUCAGCCAGUCAUUCAGCCAGCCAGUCAGUCAGUCAGUCAGCCCCGCCCCUGCCUCCGCCUCCUCCCCCGUGCGGUCAUAUCAGUUUAACAUGGCAGGUCGUAUUGUCAAACGCUUCAUUCUCUCGCCUCGGCUGCUUCCGUGAGGCUGUAGUGGAAGUCCAGGGAGGUUUUCAUGAUUCUAGCGAGAGUAACAAAGUUUAACAAGGACUCUAUAUCACUACUGGGAAGAAAACAUUCUGAGAACACUACUUUUAAAAGACUGUUGUGGAAGUCAAUGUUCUCAAGGGUUUUCAUAAUUCUAAUGAGAAUAGAUAAGAAUUCUAAUGAGUUUAACAAGAAAUCUAUCACCACUGGGAAGAAAACACUCAAAACACUAGUUUUUAAAAAGUUCGAGUAGAAAUCAAUGUUUUCAUGAUUCUAGAGAGAGCUUGAAAGGUUCUAGUGGUAAUUACGGUUUUCUGGAGUGUUUUCGUGAAUUAAACAAGAAUUCUGCAUCAUAAGAGGUAGAAAAAGCCGCCCUGCUGGCCUGACCCACCAUCCCGAGGCCUCAGCAGACAGUCGUGGUGAGAGAUUAGCGUUUGAGUUGACGAGCUGAAGUUUUGGUUCCGUUGCCCGGCGGCGGCACGGGCGGGGUGCCACGGCGGUGCCUCGAGGUGCCACACGUAUGCCAAUGCCAAAGACACGCCUCUAGUCCUGAAAACCCACCGUACUGUCUCACAAACCCCACCUAUGAUGACGAUGAUGACGAUGAUGAUGAUGAUGAUGAUGAUGAUUUUAUGGAUGAACAUUACAUAUACAGUGUAUAUGUUUACUGUUAUUAAUUCUAGAUCUAUAUUCCAAAUAUAAUUUUAAUGUCAUAAAAAAAAAUUAUGAUGAUGAUGAUAUGAUGAUAUGAUGAUGUUUGUGAGUCGUGGAGCAAUAUUUGUGUGUGUGUGUGUGUGUGUGUGUGUGUGUGUGUGUGUGUGUGUGUGUGUGUGUGUGUGUGUGUGUGUGUGUGUGUGUGUGCGUGCGUCGAAUAUUGCAUUAUGCGUGUCUGGCUAUAUUUUGAGUGCGCCUAAGUCUAUAUUGAGUGCGUUCGUGUGUGCGUGCUUGCGUGCCAUGGCUGGGAGUCAUGCGUCACGUCCCCCACACCCCCAACAAGACGCGGGGCACCACGUGAGGGAGGGAGAGGCAAAACAGACCCUGAAGGCGAUGGUACGUGUGUGAGUAUGUGUGUGUGUGUGUGUGUGUGUGUACGUGCAUGGCGACUGUCGCUUCACCCUAUUCCGUUACGUCAAGUUUUUUCCAUAACAAAAUAAAAAAAAUGAAUACUGAUGUACUUUUCAUGAAUACAUACUAGAUUAACAUGUAUAUAGUUAUGUAGAUAUACAAAUAAUACAUUUAAUCUCCCAAGAAAUACUUAGAUAGCCAUUUGUGAAACUCCUCUACCUGUCAGUAUCCCCCCCUCACCAAAGAACCCCUCCUGACCCCCCUCACAACCUCCUGACAGUUCCCAACCUCACCAAUCUCUGGUACCUUGCCCUACCCUAACCUAACCCUCCCCAGGAACCUCACGUGGAAGAUAAUAGGUAGUGAGGUUUGUGGAAUGGGUAGGGUACUCGUAUUAACUCCACACACACGCACAUACAUAUAUACAUACGCACACACAUAUACAUACAUACGCACAAGGAGCUAAAGUAAAGGGUAAAAAGCUCAAUAUGAUGAAAGACACGAAUAAAACACGGAAAUAUGAAACCAAACAAAUAUUGAACUAAUGACUGCCACAGCUGGUGAGAGAGAGAGAGAGAGAGAGAGAGAGAGAGAGAGAGAGAGAGAGAGAGAGAGAGAGAGAGAGAGAGAGAGAGAGAGAGAGAGUUAAGUGGCAAGUCUGUGGGGACACGAUAAAAACACACACACACACAAACAUAAACACACACACACACACACACACACACACACACACACACACACACACACACACACACACACACACACACACACACACACACACACACACACUGUAGGAGCAACAAAGCCACGGCCCCGCCUAACACUGCCACCGCCAGGCCCUCACAGCUCAAGGGAACACAGAUACACAGGAUAUCACUAAAAUAACAAACCAAAAUGGACAAAAUGUGAACCGCUUCUUCCUCCCAGCGAAAGAAAACGGACACAAAUACACAAGACACCCCUUAAAAUAUCAAUAUAAUAAAAAAAAAUAUAUAUAAAAAAAAAACACUUACACUGAGAUUAAUAUUAAAAAAAGCGGUGAUUAUUAGAACACACAAGUAUAUAGUAAUUUAGAACAUACAGGUGAAGAGAAGGUAAUUAAUUAUAGGUAACAGUUAUGUAUAAUCACAGGUAUAUCUAUCUCUAUAUAUAUCUACAUCAAUACAGGUUAUAUUAUGACUUAACUCAGUUCAUAUUUUGCUAUGAGGGCUGCUAACUUUUUUUUUAAUAACUUCGUGUUGUGGCUUUGUUAUUAUUACAGUGUUCCCUUUAAACCCCCAAAUAGCCCUUUAAACCCCCUUAGCCCUUUACUGAAACCCCUACCUCUCCCUUUAAGGUCUUUGAGUCCCCCAGGUCACCCCCCCCACCUCAUUACUCCCGCAACCUCCUCAACUAAUUCUGGUAAAUGAUGAUGAUGAUGAUGAUGGUGAUGAUGAUGAUGUUCGGAAUCGUAAGACAAGCACCUUUUAAAAACGUUUCAAUACCUUAAGUGUGUGUGUGUGUGUGUGUGUGUGUGUGUGUGUGUGUGUGUGUGUGUGUGUGUGUGUGUGUGUGUGUGUGUGUGUGUG